AUGUAUAUGCCGUUGACGACUUAUGACUCUUCACUCCCCGGCGCUGAAACGGAACUCACACUUGGCGAAGCUGAAGCCAAACAGUUCGACAUCGGGGACUCGACGUAUUUCUCCCCUCUGACCAAGGCAUCCGCCAUGUUCAACCUACAGCCCGCCGAUACCGGCGCACACGCUCCACCCUCAGCCAGACCUGGCUACCGCAACUUGGCGACUGUCAUUCGACUCUCCAGCGCGGCGGAUAUAUCCCCUUACGCCCUGGCGAACAUCCUCGCGGUGUAUGCGAAGGUGGACGAUGUCUAUACUAAGGCCUUUCUGCGUAUCGUCAUUUUCACUACUGGAGGCAACCUGAAGGGCCCACUCGAUCUGCCAGAGGAGACUAUCGAAUACCUAUCAACCAUCAAGUGGGUCAAGCUGAUCGUCCUCACGGAUGGCGUUCGGUUCACGCGCAUCGAUCCGGCUUACCGCGCUGAGAAGACACCCCCACUUAUACAUACAACAGCCUUUCCUGACGAGCUAGUCCACAGGCAGCUUCAGCCCGGACCAUACCUCGCCACCCUAGACCCGCUCGGCUCUCGUCUCACUCUAAGUCCAUUGUACAAGCUCCAGACUGAUCAAUAUCGGACCUUCGUCUCGGGUCUGAUCCCAUCUACCGCCGAGCGCGGAGGCUACAAGGUGCUCGGACGGCUCAGCCAGGCGUUCGGGGAUCCCCUGAUCCCGAUCCCAUCGAGACUGUACACGAUGUACUCGGGCCUCCCCCUCGCGGGGCUUCGUUUCGCCGUGAAGGACAUAUACGACGUCAAAAGCGUCAAAACAUCCGCUGGUAGUCGAGCCUAUACCGACCUCUACCCCGCACCGAACAGUACCGCGCCGGCCAUCCAGAGACUCCUAGAUCUAUUCGCCUCCGGCGCAGGCACACACGAUGCGACCCUGGAAGUCCAAUACCCCUUCUCGCCCCGCGCAGAUGGAUGGCAAUCAUGCGCAGGCAGCUCCUCGGGCUCCGCGUGUGCGAUCGCAGCGUAUGGAUGGUUGGACUUUACGGUGGGGACGGAUACGAGUGGGUCGGUCCGGCUGCCUGCUGCUGUUGCUGGUGUUUACGGGAUGAGGCCUACCAUCGGAGGGAUGAGCCUCGAGGGGGUACUUCCUCUGGCGCCUGCGUUCGAUACGUUAGGUGUAUUGGCUCGUGAUCCUCAGCUGUGGACCAGAGUGUCGCGAGAAUGGUAUGGGUAUAGCCGACGGGCCAAGCCAUCCCCAGAGGCCUUCCCGAAGACACUCAUCUACCCUACCAAUUAUAUGCCCCACGGCUCCUCCGAAGCCCGCCAGCUGAAAGAAGACUUCAUUGGUGCUCUUCAAGAUCGGUACAGGAUGGAACAUCGCAGAGUGGACGUUCAGUCCGCUAUCACCGAGGCUGGGAUGGACGUCAACGGCCUUAAUACAGCAUUUGACGAUAUCGUCGCUUGGUCUCAAUGGAACAGUGUCGGACGAGACCUCGUAACUCGGUACGCGAGCUUACAUGACGGCCGGUCCCCUCCGCUCGAUACGGCCCGCAGAGCACAGUUUGCCGCUUGGUCCAAGAACGCCACUGAGGAACGUCAUAAUGCGGGCUUGCAGUCUAUGGAGCGCUUCCGAGAUUGGUUCAAUACGGACUUCAUGUCCGCAGAAGCAGAUGGAGAGGAUAUUGAUGAUCGGUUUUGCGGUGCGAUCUAUGUCUAUGAUAUCGGCACCGGUGGUCAGCCUGCGUACCGUGAACAGGGCCUGAAUGACGGACCGCUAUUCUCUGAUCCGCUCAACAAUACCCUGCACCAAUCUCGCACCUCAGCUUACGCCGGCUGCGCCGAAGUCACCCUCCCGAUAGGUCAGGCGCCGUUCCUGAGUAAGAUCAGCGGCAAGGUGGAGUAUCUGCCUGUUUCGAUCAGCUUGAUGAUGAAGGCAGGAUGCGAGUGA